AUGAGCUCUACAAUUAUGAAAACCCUCCAUAUUCGUAAACCAACUUCUCUCCCCGUCUCUUCCACUACCGCCGAUGAGCCAUGUGUUCUCCGGCGUCGUCUCUCCUUUCUGUCUCUGAUACUCUCCCAUAACAAACCUUCCACCGCCAUGGGAGACCAAGGAAGUAGCUCCGUGAAAGAAUGGUGGGAAUGGAGUUGGUCUUUGAUUCUCUUGAAGAAAUUACCAAUCUUCAUCACUGAUCUUGAGUUUAACAAGGAAGAAACCAAAUCAUCAUCAUUCCAACAGAGAGGCAGUUUCAUUCACGUCUUCUUCAAGCUCCGAUCUGAGAUCAGCCGUCUUCUCCGACGUCCUUCCUCCGACUCUCUUCCUCUCUCAUGCAAACACGGACAGCGAUUACGUGGCAGUCUUGCUCGUUGA